CAGGCUGGCAGCAGCAACAUUAAAACAUCCAUCCGGACUUCUUGUCCGUCUAAGCGAGGAAUAACUCCACAUUUAAAAAAAAAACAAAAACACACACACAGAAGAAGAACCGCACGGAAUUUUCUCUCAUCCUUUUUUUUUCUUCUUUUUUUUUUUUUGCAUGAUCAUUGCAAGUCUUCUCCCAGGCUCGUGACCGGGAUGGGAAUAAGAGAGGCGGCUUUGAGAAGUUGCUCCACCCGGACUGCCAGGACGCAUCUGAUGAGCGCCGUCCCACAGCCUCCUACGAGGUCCGAGCACCCGCGACGCCGUGACAGCUGCCGGGGCGGACGCCGCCGCUCGCCCACAGCAUGACGCGGGCGGACUACAAGUACACCCUGCUGGGCUCCCCGCCGGACGACUACCGCCAGAGACCAUUGCUGCUGCAGGUGGACCAGGGGCUCGUGGACCUGCUCGCCAUCCUGGAGGUGAAACGGGAGCGGCCCAGGAUGUGGCGGGCGCUGCGCGGCGCCCCCAAGUUCCGCUUCUACGGGCUCCUCUUCGCCGUGGCCGUCAUGUUCCUCGUCAUGGCCUCCUACGUCCUGACCGGGGACAAGAAGGGUCUGCUGCUCACGCCCUCGCCGUAUCACUUCGGCGGCCCGGUCGGACCCGGACCCUUCGCCUUCAACGUGUCGGCGGUCAAGGACUUCGCGCACAUGCAGCUGGUGGUCAAGUCCAUCGAGUCCAAAGUGGUGUUCACCGGUUGGCGGCAGGUUCCGGAACGCACGGCGUUGGUUCGAAGCGAGGAACAUAUGUUUUCUGUCAUCCCCUGCAAAUUCCUGCCGGACGUCCGCAACCCGUGCUGGUACCAGGAGUACGCCGGCAACGUCACCUCCGACCCUUACGGGGAGAACUUGUACGCGCACUACGCCCGGCGCUUUCGCACCGUCUUCACGCACUUGCGGCGCAGUUUCGAAAAGCACUUGUUCAGCCACGGCGGGAAGCUUUACCGCAUCCGCUGCCUGCCGUAUUUCUACAUCAUCGGGCAGCCCAAGUGCGGCACCACGGAUCUUUACAACCGACUGCGGCUGCAUCCCGACGUCCAGUUCGCCACUUUUAAAGAACCGCACUGGUGGACCCGCAAGAGAUUUGGGAUCAUCCGUUCCAACGAGGGCUUCUACAGCCGCUACCCGGUGGAGGACUACCUGGACCUGUUGGAUGAGGCCGCUUACUUCAUCCAAGGCAACCUGACGGCCAAUGACAGCGGGGCGCCCGCACGGCCCAACGUCAUCAUCGGGGAAGCCAGUGCCUCCACCAUGUGGGACAACAACGCCUGGGUGUACUUCUACGGCAAUUCCACCGACGGAGAGCCGCCCUUCCUCAUCCAGGACUUUGUCCACGCCCUGCAGCCCGACGCACGAUUCAUUGUCAUGCUCAGGGACCCGGUGGAAAGGCUCUACUCGGACUACUUGUACUUCGGCAUCAGCAACAAGUCGGCGGAGGACUUCCACGAGAAGGUGUCGGAGUCCCUGCAGCUGUUCGAUGGCUGCCUGGGCGAGUACACCAUGCGCUCCUGCGUCUACAACAACACCCUCAACAACGCCAUGCCAGUGCGGCUGCAGGUGGGCCUCUACGUGGUCUACAUGCUGGACUGGCUGAGCGUCUUCAGCAGGGAGCAGAUUCUGGUGCUGAGGCUGGAGGACCACGCGUCCAAUCAGCAAUACACAAUGCACAAAGUCUUUCAAUUCCUCGACCUGGGGCCCCUGACAAAACAAAUGGAGUCGACGAUCACCAGAAGCCCCGCCUCCAACACCAGAAGGCCGGAAGACAAAAACCUGGGCCCCAUGCUGGCCAACACAAAAGACAUCCUAAGCCAGUUCUACCUGCCCUUUAACCAGAAGCUGGCCAAAGUCUUGCAUAAUGACUUAUUCCUCUGGGACUCCAAACCCUGAACCAGUCGGAAAACCGCAGUUGGAAAACCACUGACAUCAUCAUCAUCAUCAUCAUCAUCAUCAAGUACCCAUCAUCGUUUUCAUUUAAAUUAUUUUAACUUAUAAGAGCAGCAGAUAUAAAUCAAAGACAGGAAAAUAGCACAAGUGUGUGUGUGUGUGUGUGUGUGUGUGUGUGUGUGUGUGUGUGUGUGUGUGUGUGUGUGUGUGUGUGUGUGUGUGUGUGUGUGUGUGUGUGUGUGUGUGUGUGUGUGUGUGUGUGUGUGUGCGAGAGAUACCAGACUUGUUGAUUGUUUGUUGUACAAAGUUAAUAGAAAUUGUUUUAAAAAAAUAA